GGUUGUAAGACAAAUUGAAAACCCAGAGAAGUUAAGGAACUUGCCCAACAUCACCCAGCCAACUGAUAGCCACGCCAGGGUUCAGGUGUGAGCAGUGUGGUUCUGGAGCCAAGGUUCUCUUCACACUGCUGGGCAGCCUCUGUGAUCCCUGCCAUGUCGGUGCCUGGCCUUGUGUGGAUCGAAUGAGCUCAUGUGUACUUCCAGGACUGGGUGACUGGAUGUGGAUGGAGGGCGGCAGGAAGGAGCUGGGGAUGACUGCAGGUUUCUGGCUUGAGUAACUGGGUGGGUGGCAGUGCUGUUACUAAGAUAGGGAACACAGGAAGAGGAACAGAUGGCAUGGGGAGGUGGGGAACAGAGACAAGGGGUUCGAUAUGGGGCCUGCAGAAUUUUAUGUUUCUAAGGGAUGGCCAGGCAGAGACCAAGUGAGCAUUUGGUUUGAGGGAGUCUUCGGCUUAGGUGUGUGACUAGGAAGGCAUUCAGCACCCUAUAGGCAGCAUCUGGAGUUGGGGAAGAGAUGGGAUCUCACAGUGGGAUUGUGGUAAGGACAAGAUCCUUGGGCAUGGUUUGUCGUGUGUGUUUCUGUGUCUGGGUGCCUCUGGGCUCUGCGCGUGCACGAGCGUGUGUGUGUGUGUGUGUGUGUGUGUGUGCGUGUGUGUGUGUGUGCGUGCGUGCAUGCAUCUACCUCUGGGCCAUGAGUUCCCCCAUCUCCUGGGAGACUCUUGAGGUCAGCUGAGAGCUGGGUUGUUUUUGUUUGUGGUUUGACCCUGGGAGAGGUGGGGGGUGCCAAGCCUGAGAAACUAUCUGCUGAGAAGCCCCCGGAAACACCUGUGCGUCCUCUUCCCCUGGGCUCAGCAUUGUUGGAGGGUUGGCAAGUCUCGGAGCUUCUCUUGCUGCUCUGGUGCCCGUGGGGAGAAGCUGUCCCUGGGAUGAAUUUUACCCAGCAGGCUGUGCCCGGGCCCCAGAGCACCCUCGCCACCAUGACCGGGCUGCUGAAGCGGAAGUUUGACCAGCUGGAUGAGGACUCGUCCUCCCUCUGCUCGUCCUCCUCCUUGUCCUCCUCGGGCCAGCGCUCUCCCUCCUGCUCCCCCAGCUCCUCGGGCUCCCCGGCCUGGGACUCGGAUGAGGAGAGCCCCUGGGAUCAGCUGCCCUUGCCUGACCGUGACUUCUGUGGCCCCCGAAGUUUCACUCCCCUGUCCAUUCUGAAGCGGGCUCCCCGGAAGCGCCGAGGCCGAGUGGCCUUCGAUGGCAUCACCGUCUUCUACUUCCCGCGGUGCCAGGGCUUCACCAGCGUGCCCAGCCGUGGCGGCUGCACCCUGGGUAUGGCCUCCCGCCACAGUGCCUGCCGCCGCUUCUCCCUGGCCGAGUUUACCCAGGAGCAAGCCCGGGCACGGCAAGAGAAGCUGCGCCUACGCUUGAAGGAGGAGAAGCUGGAGGCGCUGAGAUGGAAGCUUUCGGAGACUGGGGUGCCCAAGACGGAGGCCGGCCUGCCGCUUACCGUGGAUGCUAUCGAUGAUGCCUCUGUGGAGGAGGACUUGGCAGUGGCCAUGGCAGGCGGCCGGUUGGAGGAAAUGACCUUCCUCCAGCCCUUCCCAGCCCGGAAGCGACGGGCUCUGCUGCGGGCCUCAGGUGUGCGGAGGAUCGAUCGCGAGGAGAAGCGAGAGCUGCAGGCCCUGCGCCAGUCCCGGGAGGACUGCGGCUGUCACUGUGACAGGGUCUGUGAUCCUGAGACCUGCAGCUGCAGCCUGGCAGGCAUCAAGUGCCAGAUGGAUCACACGGCGUUCCCCUGUGGUUGCUGCAGGGAGGGUUGUGAGAAUCCGAAGGGCCGUGUGGAAUUUAAUCAGGCUCGAGUUCAGACCCAUUUCAUUCACACGCUCACCCGCCUGCAGCUGGAGCAGGGGGCCGAGAGCCUUGGGGAGCUGGAGGCCCCCGCCCAGGGUGGCGCUCCCAGCCCCGGCGAGCAGGUCCUGGCCUCUGCGUUCCCCCUAGCCAAGCCCCCCGUGAGCAGCGAACUGGGAGACAACAGCUGCAGCAGCGACAUGACUGAUUCGUCCACAGCCUCAGGCACCAGCGAGGCCCCGGAUGGCCCUGCCCACCUGACCCUGCCCAGCCCUGGCUUCCAGCCUGGCAUGGAUGAUGAUGGCCUGGCUCGUAUCCUGAGCUUCAGUGACUCUGAACUAGGUGGACAGGAGGAAGAGAAGGAGGAUGGGGGUGUGGGCGGCCUGGACAAUCUCAGCUGCUUCCACCCAGCUGACAUCUUUGGUACUGGUGACCUCACUGGCCUGGCCAGCUGGACCCACAGCUAUUCCAGUUCCAGCCUCACGUCAGGCAUCCUGGAUGAAAACGCCAACCUGGAUGCCAGCUGCUUCCUCAAUAGCGGCCUUGAAGGCUUGGGUGAGGGCAGCCUCCCUGGCCCCUUGGUGCCAGCCAGCACAGACGCCGGCCAGAGCAGCUCAGCGGACCUCAGCUUGUCCUCCUGCGACUCCUUUGAGCUGCUCCAGGCCCUGCCAGACUACAGUCUGGGGCCCCACUACACCUCCCGGAAGGUGUCUGACAGCCUGGACCACCUCGAGGCGCCCCACUUCACCUUGCCUGCCUUCUCUCCCCCUGCGGACGCCAGCGCUUGCUUCCUGGAGUCCAUCAUGGGCUUGACUGAGCCCGCUGCCGAGGCCCUGGCUCCCUUUGUGGAUGGCCAGUUGUUUGAGGACACCACCCCGGCAUCGCUGGUGGAGCCUGUGCCUGUGUGAGGGUCAGGGUGCCUUUUCCCGGCCCCAAGAACCCUGUUGCUGCUUUGUUGUAAUUUGGGGGCUCCCCAAGGUCUGUCUAUAUGUAAUGGUGGGCACUCCUACUAAUUUUCAUUCGACACUCUGGAUUGAUUUAUUUAUUUUUGUAACUUUCUAUGCUGAAGGGGGGGUGGGGGGCACUUCCCUUUUCAGUUGCCCGGUCCCCCUAUGCCCACACCUUCUCUUCCACAUCCGUGGCGCAUGCCAGGAGUGGGAAGACAUGUGGCUUCCCUGGAGCUUUGCAGACUUUUUCCACCUUGUUUGAUGUUCCUAAGCCCACACGAGGCUGAAAUCAGCCACCUCUUAGGGUUUCUUCUGCCACCCUGAGACUCAUGGGUGACUGGAUCCUCUGGACUGUGAAGACUGUAAUUUAUUUCCCAUAAUUUAUUUGGAGACUAGGUGGCUGGCGAGCAGUGCUGGGGUCGGGGGUGGGGCACAGGCCCCUCCCCGCCUCAUCCCCCAAGUCCGUCUGCCUGAUAGUCCUGCAGCCUUGCCUUUGCUGGGGCUCUGGUGUAGACCAGGUGUGGGUUUGAGCCCUCUGUCUAACGUGGCAGCGGCCCUGCUCUGGAUGGCUGAGCAAGUAGGGGCAGGGGCCGGGGCUGGGCUGGGCUGACCAACCGUGACCAAAACCCUCUUCUGCUCCACACAUCCCCCUCUCCUUCCUGUCCUCUGCCCCAUCUCUCCCCCUCCUCCCCGCCAAAGGCCGCAGCUUUUAUUCCAAGGCCGUAAAUGUAGGAGGGGGAAGCAGGAGGCCCAGAGAGGGUAAGGGGCUGCCACAGGGCCCACAGUAGGCCCUGGACCACUCAGGGCUUUCUGGGCACUGCACUCCAGCCUGGUCCACCUGCCUGCACCCAAAGGCCAGUUGGCCAGGGGCGAGGGGGGCUCGUUAUGGCUUUCAGGCCCUUUGUUUGCUGAUGUUGGAUUUUGCAUCAUAAUUUCUGUAUUGUCCCCAAGUAUUAAACUAUAAUUUAUUCAUUUUUCUCUGUGUCUGUGCCAAGAAACCCAGGCUCUGGGCCUGCCCUCCUGCCUAGGAGGCCCUGCCAGCCUGCGAGCUUGUGGGAACACCUUGUACCUAAGCUUAUAGGUACCAAUAAAGAGGCUCUAUUUUUAACAG